AUGGCUGAAUGGCUGAAAAAUCAAUACGAUAUUAAUUUUAGAAGUAAUAUUAUUAAUGUGUCAAUGAUUAAAUCGUUUUUCAAAAAAACUAACGACAAUAGUGAUGCUAAUCAUAUUUUGAUUGAAGAUUGUGAUUAUUAUGGUGCAAAGAGGACUUGUAUAAGUAAUAAUAAUAGGCAGAAGCAGUCAUCAGUUCAUACCAAAGCAAUAGUUAUAUUUAAAAAUAAUAUCAAUUCUAAUAACGACAUUAAGAAAAAUAAUGUUAAUAUUAAAUUUGUGGAAAACGAGAAAACUGUAUGGAGGAGAUUGAGUUUGCAGAGUUUUAAAAAAAGGAGGCAGAGGAAGAUUGAAGAAAAAUCUAAACCAAUGAUACCUCUUGUAUUGCGGACUUACGAUAAACGAGGGGAUGUAAUUGUAUCAAGAAGCAAUGAUGAAUGCUGGUACUAG